UAUGCAUCGUGUACAUGACCUUGAUUGGCUGUAUUUACUAUUUGUACUGUUUAUAUUAUCAGCCAUCCUCUAUGGCUUUAUCACUACUUCUAUCCUCAAUUUUUAUCAUUAAAACGAUUUUCGUUUUUUCAAUUUUUAUAAUUUUUUGUUUUAUAAUUAUAAUACAUUAUAAAAAUGUACAAAACAUAAUAUUAAAUACUGAAUAGGUAGCACUAACCAGUAGCCAAUAAGCACUAAGCAUCAUGUAACUCCAAACUAUUUACUUAACUAAUGUAUACUUAAGUAUUUAAAAAUUUUCGCUUAAAGUGAUGUGCCAGGUAUUUCAUGAUUGGAGUCUUCCGGAUCUAAUGAAACAAUAUGAUGGACCAGCAUCAAGAUGACAUUACGACUACAAAACAUCUGGUUCACAAAGCUGACAGUAAUAGAUCUAAAUCUGGUUUGGAUGAGCCAGAUGAGCUCCCCAGAGAUCUGAAUAUUUCCUAUUGGGAUUUAAUUGCAUUGGUCUUAGCUAUUGUUAGCCAUGUUAUUGAUGUUUGCAUCGAUUACAAUGUCGCCUAUCAGUAUUACAGAUAUGGAAAACUAAAUUAUUUUGUGUUGACAGUUAUUUUUAUAGCAGUUCCUUCCAUAAUAAAUACAUAUAUGAGUUUAAAAAUUUAUUCUAUUCAAGAAGAUGUGCAAAGAAUUACCCGAAAAUUACUAACUAAUCGACUAUUAUUACCAAUCCUAUUGAUACUUCAAAUGGCUCCUGUAUUCAGGUAUUAUGAUGUAUUGAAAUAUGCGUUAAAGUCUCGUAGUGCUGCUCGUAAAGGAAAUUAUGAUGAACAGAAAAACUACUAUGCUUUAAUGGCUAAAGAAGACUCAUAUGUGUCAUUGUUGCGAAUCUUUGAAUGUUUUUUAGAAGCUGUCCCUCAACAAAUAUUACAAAUUUUUAUAGUUUUGGUUGAGAAACAACAUGGUUCAACUUUUCAAAUUGUUCAUCAAUCUGCAUCUAUUGCAAGUUCAACCAUAGGUAUUGCUUGGGCUAUGGCUUCAUAUCAUAAAAAUGUAAGAAUUGCUUUUGAAAACCGAAAAAACAUAGGCAAUACAGGAACAGUAUUACAGUUUUUAUGGCACAUAAUGAUUACAGUGUCCCGAAUUUUGUCUAUUAGUUUAGCUGCUAUAGUGUGGCCACAGUUAACUGGUAUUGUUUGUAUGGUUCAUUGGCUCCUUAUGACAUUUUGGAUUUUCAAAUAUCAAAAUGUAACAUUUUGUAUGCCAUCCAACCAAUCUGAAGAAAGUGGAAUCAUGAGGUUUUUUUUUUCAACAAUACUCGGUCUCGUUUACAUAUUUACCUAUUUAUCACCCAGUGAAGGCCAAGGCAAUUCGAGAAAUCGUUACUUAGGGUACUACGGUUUAUUCUUGGUAGAAAAUGUAGCUGCAGUUAUUAUUUGGGCCAUCACUGGUAAAGAUCAAAACCAGUGGUACUACUAUCCGUUGAUGAUAGGUUCAAUAACACCAUUUUUUGUUGGAAUUUUGUUUAUGGUAAUAUAUUACAAAUUUUUCCAUCCUCAUACCACAUUACGACUUACAUAAAUGAUAUUUCUAAACCAUAUAAUAGCACUUAUAAUGCAAACAGGUUUAUUGAGGACAUUCCUGGAUAAAAUCAUUAAGAACAUGUUAUACCCGCAUGUGUUAUAUCCGUGCAGGUACUAUAACACAUGCAGGUAUACCGUCCUCUUAAAAUCAAACGAUCUGUUAAUUGAUAAAUUAAAUUAUAACUUAUAUUUUUUUACAUUUAAUAAAUUAAAACUAUUUUAAACGUUA